AUGAGGAAUCUCCGGGGAGAUUCUAUCUCCAUUUCCUUUUCCACCAUUCUCAUCUUCAAGAGAAUAUCCCACUGGUUAAAAAAUACUCCUCAGUAUGCCACCCUAACACACACACACACACACGCUCUCUCUCUCUCUCUCUCUCUCUCUCUCUCUCUCUCUCUCUCUCAGUGGCUUCUUACAAAUCUUCAUUCUUGA